ACAGACCCUCCUAAAAUACAGCGUUCUGAGGGUGGAGGUCGCAGUGCGCUCCUGUCUGACAUUCAGAAGGGGAUGAGGCUGAAAAAGGUCACACAGGUCAAUGACCGAAGCACACCAUUCCUUGACAAACCUAAAGUGAACAGUGUGGAUGACAGUGGAAGAAAUGUGGCUGCUGGAAACUCUACAAACACAGCAGGAUCUGCUCCAUCUGCAGUGGGUCCAACUCUGGGUGGACUAUUUGCUGGGGGAUUUCCUGUACUCAAACCAGUGGGACAAAGAGACAAGCAGCCACAUCACAACCCGGUGUCUCGCUCCGGCUCUACCGCCAGCCUGAAGCAGCCUCUCUGGAACCCUCCAUCACAGGAAGACGGGUUCAGAGGAAGCGCCCCUGAUCUUUCCCCCUCCCACAAACCUUUGGAAAGAGCCUCCUCACUGUCAAAAACUCGGCCUAUUUCCUCAUACACAGCCCCUCCCUCCCCAAGCCAAACUACACAUCCUUCUUUCAAACUGUCUUCUACUCCUCCUUCUUCUGCCCCUCCACCUCCUCCUCAGGAGCGGCCCAGUAAUAGACCACCUCCUCUCCCCACCUGCCUUCCCCCACCCCCUCCUCCUCAAAUGGCAAAACCCACUUGGUUACUUGUCCAAUCACACUCCAUUCCCAUGCCUACGACUCCGCCUCCUCCACUGCCUCCAUCGGUUCCUCCGUCCUCACUUCCUGACAGAUCAUCUGGGGUCUUCUACCCUCCACCGCCUCCAUCAGUCCUUCCAUCCUCGCUCCCUGACAGGUCAUCUGGGGUCAUCUACCCUCCACCACCUCCAUCAGUCCCUCCAUCCUCGCUCCCUAACAGGUCAUCUGGAGUCUUCUUCCCUCCGCCCCCUUCUCCAGGCCCGUUAGAAAUGAAGGACAGUCCUUUAGGGCCUCCU